CCCCACACCCCCCCCAGGCCUCUCCUGCCCUCACACCCCCGCCGGGAUUGUUUGCACUACCCCCGCACACCCACCCGGGGACAAGAGCACUCGAGGUGAAGGAUAAAAUAAUCAACUAGAAUCAGCACUUUGAAUGAAAUUCUCUUUCCCUGUGGCAUCUUGAACACUUUCUUCGGGUUUUGGAACAGACUUUUAACCUUGUGACAUAGCAGCUAUGCAGCUUGAAAUCCAAGUAGCACUCAAUUUUAUUAUUUCAUAUUUGUACAAUAAGCUUCCCAGACGACGUGUCAACAUUUUUGGUGAAGAGCUUGAAAGACUUCUGAAGAAGAAGUAUGAAGGGCACUGGUAUCCAGAAAAGCCAUACAAAGGAUCAGGGUUUAGAUGUAUACACAUAGGGGAGAAAGUGGACCCGGUCAUAGAACAAGCAUCCAAAGAGAGUGGUUUGGACAUUGAUGAUGUUCGUGGCAACUUGCCUCAGGAUCUCAGUGUUUGGAUCGACCCGUUUGAGGUGUCCUACCAAAUCGGUGAGAAGGGACCAGUGAAAGUGCUUUAUGUGGAUGAUAAUGAAAAUGGAUGUGAGUUGGAUAAGGAGAUCAAGAACAGCUUUAACCCAGAGGCCCAGGUGUUCAUGCCAAUUAGUGACCCAGCAUCUUCAGUGUCUAGCUCUCCUUCUCCUCCUUUUGGUCACUCUGCUGCUGUCAGCCCGACUUUCAUGCCCCGCUCCACCCAGCCUUUAACCUUCACCACUGCCACGUUUGCUGCCACCAAGUUUGGCUCAACCAAAAUGAAGAACAGCGGCCGCAGCAACAAGGUCGCCCGCACCUCUCCCACCAACCUUGGCUUGAAUGUCAAUGACCUGUUGAAGCAGAAGGCCCUUUCCUCCUCCAUGCACUCUCUCUACGGGCUUGGCCUAGGCAGUCAGCAGCAGCAGCAACAGCAGCAGCAGCAGAAGACUUCUGCCCUUUCUCCUAACGCGAAGGAGUUCAUCUUCCCCAGCAUGCAGGGUCAAGGUAGUACUGGUAGCAUCUUUCCUGGGGACGGCCCCCUUAACCUGAGCCCUCUCCAGUACAGCAAUGCCUUUGAUAUGUUUGCAGCCUACGGAGGUCUCAAUGAGAAGUCUUUUGUGGAUGGCUUGAAUUUUAGUUUAAACAACAUGCAGUAUUCUAACCAGCAAUUCCAGCCAGUCAUGGCUAACUGAAGGCAGAAGUCGAGCACCAGUAGAUGCUGUCGUACCAGUUCCAAUGCACGUACCCAAGGGUGUAUCUUUUUUUCCACCUCUUGAGAUUUUUGGUUUGUUUUUUUUUUUUUUAAGGCUUGUAGUACGAAUACAUUCAGGCUUGGUUAGAUAAAUAAGACAUGCCUCAUUUCUUUAUUUUAUUUUUUUUUCAUUUGCCAACCAAGCACAAGAUUAUUUUAUACUGACUGUACAUUACAAAUAUACUCUCCAGAUAUGGCCUCUUACAGUAUUUAAGAUCCAGCGAGGACGCGGCCGGUUCCCUGCAGGGUGUGUGCACAGCGCACGUCCAGCAAGCUGGCACCAAUAGGUGGGGGUUAUUGGUCUUUUUCUAAUUGUAUAAUUUAAUUUAGUACAAAGUUUGUAAAAUAUCAGAGUAUAUAUAUUGUUUCUACAACAUGGUAUUGCAUUUAUAUCUUUUUACUACAGUGAUCUGUGACAGCUGCAGCAGCUUCAUGUUGUAUUUUUUUUACUGAGAUUGUAAGAUAUCCAUCUUAAAGACAUCAGUUCUAAAAAAAAAAAAACCAAACACACACACAC